AAUGGAACGUGUUUUUCCAAAGUUUGCAAAUGCAACCAAGUUGCACAAAACUCUCCUUCUCUCCCUUCCACAUAAAGUCACUUCAUUAACAAGUUCUUUGGCUGUGUUUUCAAAGCACAAUGUUAAUUUGAUAAAGAUUGAAUCACGUCCUAAUCGAUUUGAUAAGAAGGUUAUUGAUUUUGUUGUCAAUGUUGAUGAAGGAGUGAGUAAGGAUAUUGUUGAUAGAGCCAUCAAGGAAAUGGUUCAAGAAAAGAUUUGUGAUCAUGUACAAUAUUUGGGAUUUGAAAAUAAGAUUCCUUGGUUCCCAACAAAGAUUGCAGAUAUUGACCAUUUCGCAAGAGAAUGUCUUGAAGCUGGUGCUGUUUUGCAAGCUGAUCAUCCAGGUUUCCAUGAUCAAGAAUACAGAGAUCGUAGAAAGAUGAUCGCAGACAUUGCUUUGAAUUACAAACAUGGAAGUCCAAUUCCACGUAUUGAUUACACUGAAACUGAAAAUAAGACUUGGAGUAUUAUUUACAAGAAAUUGACAGCUCUCUAUCCUAAAUAUGCUUGCGAACAAUAUAACAACUUGUUCCCAUUAUUUGAACAAAACUGUGGUUUCAAGGAAGAUAAAAUCCCACAAUUACAAGAUGUCAGUGACUUUUUGUUGAGCUCAACAGGUUUCAGAAUUAGACCUGUCUCUGGUUUGCUCACUUCAAGAGAUUUCCUUAAUGCUCUUGCUUUUAGAGUUUUCCACAGUACCCAAUAUAUUAGACAUCACAGUAAGCCAUACUAUACACCAGAACCUGAUGUUGUUCACGAAAUGCUUGGUCACAUGCCAUUAUUGGCUGAUUCUGAUUUUGCUGAAUUCUCUCAACAAAUUGGUCUUGCAUCUCUCGGAGCUUCCGAUGAAGAAAUUGACAGACUUGUUAGACUCUACUGGUACUGUCUCGAAUUUGGUAUCCUCAAGGAAAACGGUUCCUUGAAGGCUUAUGGUGCUGGUUUGUUAAGCUCGUUUGGUGAACUAGAAUAUGGUUGUUCAGGCAUUGAUGCAGAAACUGGAAAGAAACCAGAAUAUUUACCAUUCGUUCCAGAAGAUGCUGCUAAUAGAGUUUAUCCAAUCACUCACUACCAACCAAUCUAUUAUGUUGUUGAAAGCUUGGAAUCAUGCAAAGAUUUAAUUAGAAGAUACGUCAACAAUUCUCUCGAUAGACCAUUCCAACUCAAAUAUAAUCCAUACACAAGUACUGUAGAUGUUUUGGAUUCUCAAGAAAAAUUAAUAAGCUUGACAAAAACCAUUCAAAACAACAUGGAUCUGUUAAAGUCUUCCCUUUCAAAGAUUGGUCGUUCCUAUGAAAUUAACAAUAAAAAAUAAAAAUUUAGCUAUGGAAAUUAGUAU